CGCAGCGAUCCUCCUGCCUCAGCCUCCCAAGUGUGGGGAUUACAGGCGUGUGCAGCCCCAACGGGGUCAGGUUGCUCCCUUGAAAUGGUUUGUGGGACACAGGUGACACAGCUCAGCGGCACAGCGCCUGCCUGGCGAGGGCGAGGCCCCGAGUUUGAUCUCGGGUACAGGGUACAGUGUACAGGGAGCGCGCCACUGAGUGAACGUACUGCCUUUGGCGCCGCCUCACACUGAGGUCUCCACGCCCUUAAGGGGCCGCGUCGGGGCUGCAAGCCCGCGCCGCCCGCCCCGCGGAGUUCCGGCGGCCGUGGGCAGGGUCGGGCUGCUGCGCCCCGUGCGCCCCCGGCCAGCGCCGUUGGUGACACCCGCUCCCCAGGGCCGGCGCGGGCCGGGCGGUGCGGGGCGUAUCUGCCCUUCGUCCGUCCGUCAGUCUGUCUGUCUGUGGGGCAGAGUCCGGACGGCGGGGCUGCUGGGAUGGAGGAGCGCGCGGGACCCGGCCCGAACCCGGAGCCGGACCCGAACCCGGAGCCGGACCCUGACCUGGAGCCCGACCCGGACCCGGACCCGGAGCCGGACCCGGAGCGGGACCCUGACCUGGAGCCGGACCCACAUCCAGAGCCCGGCCCGGACCCGGCCACCGCCGCGGCGCUCUUGGCGCGGGCUUCGGACAGCAGAGCCAGCCGCCUCUCGUUCUGCACCAAGAUGUGCUAUGGCUUCGGGGGCAUCCCCAACCAGGUGGCCACCAGUGCCACCUCCUUCUACCUGCAGCUCUUCCUGCUGGACGUGGCCCAGAUCCCGGCUGCUCAGGUGUCCCUCGUGCUGUUUGGAGGCAAGGUGUCCGGGGCAGUAGCCGACCCCGUGGCUGGCUUCUUCAUCAACAGAAGCAGGAGGACAGGAUCUGCACAGCUCAUGCCCUGGGUGCUGGGCUGCACGCCCUUCCUCAGCCUGGCCUACUUCUUCCUGUGGUUCCUGCCUCCCUUCUCCAGCCUGCGAGGCCUCUGGUACACCACGUUCUCCUGCCUCUUCCAGGCCCUGGCCACGUUCUUCCAGGUGCCCUACACAGCGCUCACCAUGCUGCUCACCUCGAGUCCUAAGGAGCGGGACUCUGCCACCGCAUACCGGAUGACAAUGGAGAUGGUAGGGACACUGAUGGGAGCCACCGUCCAUGGGCUGAUUGUGUCCGGUGCCCACAGGUCCAACCACUGUGAGCUCCCUGGGCCUGCUGCUGUGUCCCCGGACGCAGGCCGCCUCUACUCCAUCGCAGCUGCCGUGGUUGCUGCAACUUACCCGGUGUGCGUCAGUCUGCUCUGCCUCGGUGUCCGGGAGCAGCCAGGCGUUCCUUCCUGUGUUACAGGCCCUGCUGACCCGGGCCCAGGCCACGGCCUCGGCUUUCUGACUGGCCUGGGUCUCACCACCCGACACCCACCCUAUGUGAAGCUGGUGGUCUCCUUCCUGUUCAUCUCAGCUGCUGUGCAGGUCUCGGCUGUGCUGAGCACCCCACUGUGGGAGUGGGUUCUCCAGCGAUUUGGGAAGAGGCCGUCGGCCCUUGGCAUCUGUGUGAUGGUGCCUUUCUCCAUCUUGCUGGCUGCUCUGCCCACAGCAUCCGUGGCCUAUGUGGUGGCCUUUGUCUCUGGCAUGAGCAUUUCUGUGGCCUUGCUGCUCCCCUGGUCCAUGCUUCCAGACGUGGUGGACGACUUCCAGCGGCAGAGCCAGCACCACGGCCCCGGCCUGGAGACCAUCUUCUAUUCCUCCUACGUCUUCUUCACCAAGCUCUCAAGCGCGUGCGCCCUGGGCAUCUCCACCCUCAGUCUAGAGUUUGCGGGGUACAAGGUGGAAGCCUGCAAGCAAGCGGCCGAGGUGGUGGUGGCCCUCAAGGUCCUCAUCGGUGCCGUGCCCACCUGCCUGAUCCUUGUGGGUCUGUGCGUCCUCAUGGUCGGCCCUGCUCCCUCAGGGCAAGAGCCGGACACUGCCCGGCAGCACCGCCUCCACAGGAAGAGCAGCCUCAGCCUUGUGUCAGAUUCCAGAGGCCUCCUGUGAGCCAAGCCUCGGAGUGGAGCGGGGCGGCUCCUGGGCCCCAGGCUCUGUGCCCAUCUCUUGGCGCCCAUCUCUUGGUGGUUUAGUGCAGGCACGUGACCAUCCUUGGUGGCCGGGCUCCAGGAUGCCCGCCUGACAUCUGCCGGCGGCCACAGCGUCUCUGGCCUGUGACCCUGAGCACAAGGCUCAGGCCUGUCCAGCACCCUGCGGCACCAUUCCUGCAAGCAAGAGCCUCUGCCAGGGCGGCCUAGAGACUCCUGCAGGGAGGGACAGACAGACUGCUGAACACCCAGAGGCUGCGGCAUGAGGAGACAAAGCUGAGGACACAUGGGGUGCAGAGAUCCAGAGACCAACCUGGGGGGAAAGAGGGCACCGCAGGGGGCUGAGGGCCAGGUGGUGCCCAGCCCCCGGCUCCGUCACAGGAGUUAGCGGCACUUCUUCUAAUCAGGGACAGAGGCUGGCACAGGCCACCAGAGGUCACGUGUUUCACCAGCACAGGCGCUUCGUGUGGCAGUUUUUCUUAAACUCUUAUUUUAUUAAAGCACAGAAACUGGA